AUGGAGUCGACUGCUCUAAGUGGAAGAAUGGCCCGGUGGCAAAUCCUGCUUUCUGAAUUCAACAUAGUAUAUGUGAACCAGAAGGCUGUGAAAGGGAAUGCAAUAACAGAUUUUUUAGCCAGCAGAAUUUUAGAUGGUUAUGAGCCUUUGAACUUUGAUUUCUCUAAUGAAGAUCUAGUGUAUGUGGCAACUACUGAAGAGGACACUUCAGAAGAUCAUCCGUGGAAACUGAAUUUUGACGGAGCAUCAAACGCUAUUGAGUACGAAGCAUGUAUCAUGGGAAUCUGUGCAGCCAUCGAGCAUAAAAUUAAAGUAUUAGAGGUGUAUGGGGAUUCUGCACUGGUGAUCUAUCAGCUUAGAGGUGAAUGGAGACCCAAAGUUGAUCAACUAUCAGUAAAUGGACGAGAGAAUAUGAAGCCGAUCCAGAUGAGUAUUUAUGAGGCUCCAGCUCAUUGUUGCAGUAUAGACGACGAAGAGGAGAGAGAUGAUUAUCCUUGGUAUCAUGAUAUUUUACGAUAUGUGAAGAGUCGUGAAUACCCUGAUCAGGCAUCUAAAAAUGAUAAGAGGACGUUGAGAAGGCUAGCCAGUGACUAUGUCUUAGACGGAGAGAUUUUCUAUAAAAGAAGGAAAGAUCAAAUGCUGUUAAGAUGUGUUGAUGCUGUUGAAGCUAAGAAAAUCCUAGAAGUCCAUGAAAGUGUCCGCGGGACGCAUGCCAAUGAGUUCACAAUAGCCAGGCAAAUCAUGAGAUUCAGGUACUACUGGUCCACAAUGGAAGGAGAUUGCAUCAACUAUGCCAAGAAAUGCCAUAAGUGA